UCCCUGUUCAGAUGAACAGGAAAAUGCAAUUAAGAUAAACACAUAGCCUGAUUGCUCAAACAUAUCAGAAUAUAUUGUAACACCAGUCAGGAAACUACACCAUUAGAGUGGAAAAUGUUAUUCGUAACCUGCCUUGUAUACUUUUUGACUGCGGAACCAUUAUUCGGAAUCGACAUUGACAAAUUAGCAAUCUUAUUCCAAGAGGAGACUGAGAACAUUGAGAAAAAUCAAGGAGACGUGAACAAUAUAGAACGUAAGAUGCAAAAAACGAUGAGUAGAAUAAAGGGUGAUCGAGAUGAGUUUAUGAUGGAAAGGAGUGGAAAUUCCAUCGAGCGCCUACCUGAGGGUUUCAGGAGUUUUGAAGAAGCUAGAUGUGGACCACAAGAUAAUCCAAAAACCCUGAAUGGUGAUCUGUGUGUCAUACUCCAAAAGACAUGUCACAUCACUGAGGAAGAGUUUGAAUUUGCGAGACAGACGUUAGAAGAAGCUGUCGAAAGAUUCGGGUCAGAUAUAUCUAUGACUCUUAUAACAUACAGGAAUGAUAUAGAGGUUGUUAUUCCAUUCCAACCAAUAUCUGGUUCCGUACUGCUAACGAUUCAAGAACUGGAAUUUCAAAAUCAAGGCCGAAAUAACAGGUUCAAAUGCGAGCAUUGUCAAGCACUGACCUACAAGGCUCUAGAGAAAUGCAUAGAGACAUUAGAAACUGAGGGUAGGGAUGAUCGAUAUUACCCAAACAUAGUGUUGUCAUUUACCGAUGGAGUGACAUUUAAGAAUAAAUUCAACUGGGAAGCUGAGCGAAAGAAAACGCUGGAGGAGGCUAAAAAGAUAAAAGAUAUGAGGAUGAUAAGCAUUGUGACAACUUUCAACAACACAGCUGGAAGCUAUACGGGGGAAAAGGAAUGGAACGCUCUACAUAUCCCAAGUACGGUACCCGGGGUACAGGCGGUGGGACCCAUCGAUAUAUCAAAUCCUCAAGCUGCUUUCGAAUUCACUGGCGCAAUACCUAUACUGAGCGAUGAAAUUAUGAACGACGAAAUACAAAAUGAUGAAUUACCCAGUCUGCCAGGUUUACCAAGUCUCCCAGGUGGUUCUUUCCUCGGGCAUUUCAUUCAUCAAGCUUUUCCUGGAUGCCCAGACCCCUGUACCCAGUUUGCCGAUAUCGCACUCAUCAUUGACCGUUCAAAUAGUAUAUUAGAUCCCGAUAUUGAACGCGUUCUUAGGUUUUUUACAUUUUUUAUCAAUGAGUCAACAAUUAACCAGGAAACAGGGUUGCAGUUUGCAGUUUACACAUACAACAAGGACGUUUUCCAGCAUGCUUUUUUGACAAGAGAUACGACCAAAGAAUCUCUGCUGAAAAUCAUGGAUGCAAUUCCAAGAGAAACAGCAAAAUAUACAGAGACUGGAAAGGCGAUUAGAUUGGCAACGAAUCAUUUGAAUCAGUAUAACAGGCGAGGAGCUAGGAAAACAAUACUUAUCGGUACUGACGGACGAACUUGGCCAGAGGGCAGUCGGUAUACGAAUUCCAGGAGCACAAUUGCUGCCGCAAAAUUAGCCAAACGAAAUAAUAUUGACAUUUUCGUCCUCGGUCAGCCAAACGAGAGGGGUGCUAACACUGGAAUGAGCGAGUGGACGCAAAUAGCCAGUGAGCCCAUUGGUUGCACGAUUGUCAACAUGCAGAUACCUGGCUUUAACUACGAACACUUGUACCUGGCUGGUGUGGCACUUACAAAUGAGUUAUGUAAAAAGGACGACUCUGCAAGCGCUUGUAUAUUUGAAUAUACUGGAAAUUAUACCCAACCUGAUGAAGACAUGGAACCAACCUCUUAAAAGACAUAUCAUGUUGUAUAUUAUUAUAAAUAAAACUGAGUUCAAAAAC